AUGGUGACGGAAAAGUCGGGGGUACAGCCACAUUUCCAAAUUGGUUGGCCAAAUUUAUCGCAGGCAAUUACUCUGACUAACAAGAAAUCUGAAAGAGAGAAAUUCUCGCGAGCUGAAAAAGGCAAGAAUAUUUCUUUAGCUCCGAAUUUGAAUGUAAACUUAAAUAAAAAUUUGAAUUCAAAUUUUCUACCCCAACGUCUCAGUAAAAGGGUAAAUUUUGGAGAUAAAGGCGCUUCUACAUCCAAUGUGGGGUCCAGUCCAAUAAAUUCAGGGAGUGACUCAGCAUCAGUGGGAGACUCAGACCGGGUUGAUAAUGAUCUAACUCGGAAGGAAGUUGACUCACAAACAACGAUUAUUUUUCAAAUUGAAUCUGAAGAUGAUGUGGAAGAGCAUUUGAAACAAGCUGUUUCCAUUCCGUAUCUUCAAAAACUGGAUGCUUCUUUGGAAAAUGUUUCAAUUGAUUCUCAAAGUACUGAUACUUCUCCAAAAGAAACAUUGUUUGGUAAGGAUUUCCUUUCUUCAACAGAGAAGUGGAGUAUUAUUAAACACAGAGUUGAACCUGAUCUUAGGAACCAAUUCGAUUCAAUUUUAGUGCAAAUGAAAUGUGAAAUGGCCGUAGUGGAGGAAUUCUGUGUAUGCGGGAUGAGACUAAGACUUCCAAAUUCAGAUUUUGAAUGGCUUUUUUCUGGUAUUUAUGCGCCUAGUAAUUAUUUGACAAGACCGUAUUUUUGGAGAGAAAUUGAAGAAGUUAGAGCGUAUUGGAAUUUUCCUUGGGUGAUUGGAGGAGACUGGAAUGUUAUUAGAUAUAUUCAUGAAAGAACAUCUUGCGUUGAAUCCAACAAUGCAAUGAGAAAAUUCAAUAGAUUUAUAUCUAGACAUGAACUUCUAGAUUUUCCCAUGAUUGGUGCAACUUUUACUUGGACAAACAACCAAGUUCAAAGUAUCAGAAGUAGAAUUUACAGAUUUCUUCUGUCACCUAUUUGGGAGAUCAAUUUCCCUAAUGUUGUGCAACAAGCUCUUGCAAGGCCAUGUUCUGAUCAUAGUCCUCUUGCCCUUAUCUGCAAUGGUGUAAAAGGUGGUCCUGGUCCUUUUGGUUGUGAAAAAUUCUGGUAUGCACACCCUGACUUUUUAACUUUCAUUUCAAAUGCUUGGACAUCCUUCACUGUUUCAGGUAGUGCAGGUUUCAUUAUGUGCAAAAAGUUGCAGUUGCUCAAACCAUUGCUCAAGUCGUGGGCAAAACAUGAGUUUGGUGAUAUGGAUAGAAGACUAGAAGAGUUGGAAGAAGUUUUCAUGCAGUUGGAUGAAGAGGAAGACUUGCACAAUGGUAUUACAGAUGUGCAACGGGAAACAAGGUUAAAAGCAAGGAAAGAUUAUUGCAAUAUCAAAAUUGCAAAAGGAGAGAAGUGGAGAAGUAGAGCCAGAGUUAAUCACAUCACCAACAAUGAAAACAACACAAAUUACUUUCAUAAACUUGCUUCAGAUAGGAGAAGGCGAAACUUCAUUGGUGCUAUCAAAGUUAAUGGUUUUAGCAGCAUUUCUGAAGAUCUCAAGAAUUGGCUGGAGUUAUAUGUGGGGGAAGAUGAAUGUAUUAAUGCAAUCAAAUUACUGGGGAAAAACCAGGCUCCAGGGCCUGAUGGGUUUGCCAUUAGUUUUUAUUUAAGGUGUUGGGAGAUAUUAAAAGAAGACUUCAUGAAUAUUUUUCAAGAAUUACAGCAUAGAAGCUUUUUAUAUUGGAGAUUAAAGAAUACAUUCAUUUCUUUGAUUCCUAAAAAAUAUACCAUUGAGGAGAUAAAAUAUCUUAGACCAAUUAAUCUAGUACAUGGGGUGUAUAAAAUUGUCUCCAAAGUAUUAGCUGAGAGGUUUAAAACUGCUCUUCCUAGUGUAAUUUAUGCUGAACAAACUGCUUUUAUAAAGAAAAGGAAAAUUCUUGAUGGUGUUUUGGUGGCUAAUGAGUUAAUUGAUUCAAGAACAAGGAGUGGUAAGCCUGAUUUACUUAUUAAAGUGGACUUUGAAAAAGCAUUUGAUCAUAUGAAUUGGGACUUCAUUGAUGAGAUUUUUGGUAAAAUGGGUUUUGGAGAUAAAUGGAGGAGUUGGGUUAGUUGUUGUGUUGAACUUGUUAGAUUCUCAGUGAUUAUUAAUGGUUUAGCAACUGGAUACUUCAAAAGCAGUAAAGGGAUUAGACAGGGAGAUCCCUUGUCACCCUUCUUGUUCCUUCUUGUAGGUGAAGCUCUCUCUUUUAUGAUAAAACAAGCGCAAGAACAUGGUCUUAUUUCAGGUUUUCAAGUAGCAGGUCGAGGAAGAUUGAUAAGUCACUUACAAUUUGCUGACGAUACCCUCAUUUUUUUGGAUGCUGAUGUGGAGCAGAUUAAGCAAUUGAGGUUAUUACUAAUCUCCUUUGAAAUGUUAACAGGCCUUAAAAUUAAUUUUGCAAAGAGCCAAAUUUUUGGAGUGUGUUAUGAUGGUGAUAUGAAUCAUUUUGCUGAUCUUUUGGGUUGCUAUACUGGAAUGCUUCCAACUACCUAUGUAGGUCUUCCACUGGGUGAUAAAUGCAAGGGAGUGGCAAAAUUGGAUAAAGUAAUUGAUAAAGUUAUAUUCAGGCUACCAGGUUGGAAAAGCUAUUGUUGUCAAGAGCAGGAAAAAUUACUUUGA